AUGUUCCGCCGCCCGCUGUGCCUCCUCCCGACAGCAUGCCUUCUCACCGCACGGCUAUCCACCCUCCCGGCCCUGCGGUCCAAGCCCCUCCCUCCGCGCCCCAGGCCUCCGCCAGACGCCGACAUCCAAGAGUCCUUCCUCAAGGGCUCCGGCCCCGGCGGCCAGAAGAUUAACAAGACCAACUCGGCCGUCCAGCUAAAACACAUCCCGACAGGCAUAGUGGUCAAGUCCCAAGCCACCCGGUCCAGGAGCCAGAAUCGCAAACACGCCCGCGAACUGCUCGCCCAGAAGCUGGACGACUUGCUCCACGGCGACCAGAGUCGUUCAAGCAUAGUCGGCGAGGUCCGGAGGAAAAAGGCCGCCAGCGCGGCCAAGAAGAGCCGCCGCAAGUACAGGAAGCUGGACCCCCAGGGUGAGGCUGCAAAACACCACGACGAGCAGCCUGAGCCCGAGCAGCCACCGCACAAGCCCCACGGCUCUGGUCAGACUCCGCAAGAGCCCGUCAUGGAGAAUACUGAGCCUCCCCAUCGAAAUAGACAGCCGUGA